AUGGGAAUGAGAGCAUCAAGAAGAUGUGAAUUAAGUUGUGGAGCUUUUUGUCACAGACUGCCUUGUAAUGCAGGGUGUAAUAAACAAUUGAAAUGUGGACAUAUAUAUGCUGGAGUAUGUGGAGAAUAUUGUCCUUCAGAAUACUUUUACGUUAUCU